UCAUAGUACUACGAUGACAAGAGGAGCGUUAAAAGUGGCCAUUUUAUUGGUCGGAUUGGGCCUGGUUUUGGCCGGGUCUCGGCCUAUUUCCGAUUGCGGUGAACGCAUUGAGGACGAUGGCUACCCGAUGGAACGCCACGAGGUGGUCACCAGUGACAACUACAUUCUGACCAUGCACCGCAUCCCGUACUCCCCCAAAACGGGUGACUCUCCCAACCGCCCAGUGGCCUUCCUCAUGCACGGCAUGCUGAGCUCCUCCUCCGACUGGGUGCUCAUGGGUCCUGAGCGAUCCCUCGCCUAUAUGCUGGCCGAUGCCGGCUACGAUGUGUGGAUGGGCAAUGCCCGAGGCAACACCUACUCCAAGGCGCACAAGUACUGGCCCACUUACUGGCAGAUCUUCUGGAACUUCAGCUGGAACGAGAUCGGCAUGUACGACGUUCCGGAGAUGAUUGAUUACGUUUUGGCAAGGACUGGACAGCAGCAGGUGCAAUAUGUGGGCCACUCCCAAGGCACCACUGUCUAUCUGGUGAUGGUGUCGGAGAGACCCGAGUACAAUGACAAGAUCAAGUCCGCCCACCUUCUGGGACCAGCCGCCUAUAUGGGCAACAUGAAGAGCCCUUUGACCCGCGCCUUUGCCCCCAUUCUGGGCCAGCCCAAUGCCAUCGUGGAGGUCUGCGGAUCCAUGGAGUUCAUGCCCAGCAACAAGUUCAAGCAGGACUUGGGCAUCGAGAUGUGCCAGGCCACUUCUCCCUAUGCCGACAUGUGCGCCAACGAGAUCUUCCUGAUUGGUGGCUACGAUACCGACCAGCUGGACUAUGACCUACUUGAGCACAUCAAGGCUACCUCUCCGGCUGGCGCAUCCGUGAACCAAAAUCUGCACUUCUGCCAGGAAUACAACUCCGGAAAGUUCCGUAAAUUCGACUACACUGCCCUCCGCAAUCCCUAUGAGUACGGCAGCUACUUCCCUCCGGACUACAAGCUAAAGAAUGCCAAGGCUCCGGUUCUAUUGUAUUACGGAGCCAAUGACUGGAUGUGCGAUGUGAGCGAUGUUCGCAAGCUGAGAGACGAACUGCCCAACAUGGCACUGGAUUACUUGGUGCCGUUCGAGAAGUGGGCCCAUCUGGAUUUCAUUUGGGGCACUGAGGCCAGGAAAUACGUGUACGACGAGGUCUUGAAGCAGAUGCAAACAUACGAAUAG